GGGGAUCUCCGUCAUUAGAACAUUGUGGUCCUAGGCAUGGAGCCGCAAACUUGCAGGGCGGUGUUGUAUUCGAGUCAUGGAGGAGCACGGGUUAGAUGAUCCCUCCCUCCAUUUGGUUUCCGCUUUCCUGGCAAUGGAACCUUCUGACUCCUUGAUCUCCCGUGCCAGGGUAUGUGGUGGGGGCUUAAUCACAGAGCAAGUUCAAGAAUUCAUCUGGGAUCACUGCUUGAGCAAAGCUGUAGGUUCUCAAUCUUUUACAUAUCGUGACCCCCAAUUUCAUUUGAACGUGUUUGAACGUGCCGGAUUUCAUGCUCCGUACUUGAAGAAUUUUUUGAAAAAACUUAUCACUGAAGUUGAGUUGGAGCAUGGCAGUGUAUUGGACAACUUAUACGAACUGUAUGCCCACCACAUGACAUCAAUAAAGGACAACAGUUUGGUCAAAAGCGAUGAAAAAGUCCACAAAAAAAUCUCAUUUCUUUUUCCUGAUGGUUAUUCUGAUCUACAAAGUUGCCCGCACUCGAGGGUCCUGGUCUUUCCACUGCAGUGUUCUUUAAAUAUACUUGAAGGUGAUACUGGGUGCUCGAUAUGGCCAUCAAGUCUAUUCUUGUCUGAGUUAAUACUUUCUUAUCCUGAAUUAUUUUCUAGUAAAUCUUGUUUUGAGAUUGGUUCAGGAGUUGGCUUAGUUGGAAUAUGUCUUGCUCAUGUGAAAGCUUCUGAGGUGAUAUUGAGUGAUGGUGACCUGUCAACUUUAGCCAACAUGAAGUCCAAUUUGGAGUUAAACCACUUGAAUGUUGAACUUGAAAUGCCAGAAAGAAACAAAAACCUUAACAUGGUAAAGUGCAUGUACCUUCCAUGGGAGUCUGCAUCAGAAAGUAAGCUCCAAGAUGUCAUGCCAGAUAUUGUUUUGGGUGCAGAUGUGAUUUAUGAUCCGGCUAGUCUUCCACAUCUUGUUCGAGUCAUUAGCAUCUUGUUAAGCCAUGCGAAAUCAUAUUCUUGCAGACAGGUUGCAAGUGAUCUUGCACCGAACAGCAAAUAUGGAAAUGGUGAGCUUCAUAAUAAGAAUCAACGUAAUUGUGAAGAUCUUGCUGACGUAUCUGCCGUUGCAGGAACGACAAUUAAUAAUUAUGGUAGUGGUGAUGGGCCCAAGGAAGCUCCGCUAGCUUAUAUAGCUUGCGUUGUACGGAAUGUCGAAACGUUUAGCUAUUUUCUUUCUCUGGUGGAUCAGGCCAAACUUGAUAUCGUGGACCUAACUGGCUCGCUAAAGCCAGCAAGUCUCCUUCCUUAUAUGCACGCGUACAAUGAAGCUAGUAUUAGACUAUUACGUAUCACUUGCAGUCGGUAGAUGGAAACUAAGGCUUGUAUAAGAUCAUUGCUAUUGUUCGUAUGGCACAUGUAUUUUUAGCUGCCCAAAAUUUACUGGACUUGAUAAUUUUUCAUUGUUAUCUGGUCUGGUGCUGUGGAUGCUUCAUGUAAAAAUCCGUGACGCCUAUCUUAUGUCAAACUUUUCCAGCAGCGCAGUUAUGGAUGUAACAUUAUGGCAA